GGGAGAGUGUCGGUGGGAGUGGGCAGUAAACAAACGCCAGUGUAACGCAAUGAACGCGAAAAUUACAUUUUUUUCUGUCGGCCUGUUGGCAGUGCUAGUGCUCGUGAUUGGAAUUGGAAUUCCGUCGACAAAUGGCCAGAAUGAUUGCCAAAAACUGCUGGCCAGGAAUAUGGACAAGCAGACACCGCCGUGUGAUGAUUUUUAUGCCCAUGCCUGCGGGAGUUGGUAUGGCGGGGAGUACCAGAGGAACUUUGGUGUCCACGACGCCCGAUCGCUGUGGGUGGCCAAGCUGAAGGAGAAACUCAUCGAGCACUUUGAAUCCGCCACGGAUGAGGAAUGUCAGCUGGGCACCUUCUAUCGCAAGUGCUUCUCCGAUCUCGGCAGCAAACAAUCGAUAACAUCCUACAACGAUGCCAUGGUCGGGAGUGGUGCCAACUUCUCCAUCCUCGGACACAAUAAAUCGGACAAUUCGGAUUGGAUUCUGGCGAAUGCCGAGCUGAGGACAUAUGGAGCUCAGGGACUCUGGCGACUGCUGGUCCAGGACAACUGGCAGGCGGCGGAACAAAAGAUAUUCUACCUCCUGGCGCCGACCUUCCAACUCCUCGGCCAGGACGAGCUCAGUGAGUUUCUCUACGAGCGCUACCUGAAGGUCCUUCUCAUCGACAUGCGAGUCCGGGUACGGAAGGCCCAGGAAUGGGCCAAGAAUCUCGUCGAUUUCGAGAAGAGUCUUCAGCGUCUGCUGGCCGUCGAUCGGGAGAAGACUUUGGUCCUGCGAGAGCCCCAGACUCUUCUGAAAUUGGAGGAACAGUUACCGGCACUGCAGCUGCGAAAGUAUUUUGAGAUUCUUCUCAGGGACAUGGACUGGGAUGCGAGUACCCUGCUGGUGGCGGUGGACAUGGACUACCUGCAGAGUUUACAGCGUUUCCUGCGAUCAGCGGAUCGGGAAAUACUAUCCACUUGGCUGUUGCUGAAGCUUCCCAUGCACUUUGAGUACAAAAUGCAUGCGGAUGAGAAGAUUAUGAACCAAAAGGACUACUGGGUGGAGCAGUUGAGGAAGCUACUGCCAGGACCCUUGGGGCGAUUGCAAAUGGAAUUGCUUUUAGGAGAAAACUAUCAAGAGAUCUACGAUAACUCUAUUCAACAGGUGGCCAUCCUCUUCAGAGACCUGAAACUGCAGUUCGAAGCUCUCCUCAACGAAACCGAGGUCUUCGACUACGAUUUGGUUACCCGGACUAUGGCCCGGGAAAAAUUACGGGCCAUGCGCCUGCUCACCCCCCGAUUGCAGGAUCCCGGACAUUCGAUGUCAACUGGGCCCGCGGCCACGCCCCUGGGCGGUAGCUGUGAUUGGAACAUGAUGCAGUUAUCACGGAAUCGGGCCCAGCAGGAGCUGCGGCAGGUGAUGGGCGAGCCGGCCGCCGUCUCGCAUGCCGUCGAUCCCCUGGUGGUGAACGCCUACUAUCGCCUCAGAUUGAAUCGUAUCGAAUUGCCGUUGGGCCUGCUGGCCACGCCCCUGUUGCAGGAGCCCACCUGCCGCACCGAGGCGGAGCGGAGAGUCCGACUAUCGGCCGGACUCGGUUAUAUACUGGCCUACGAAAUGGUGCACGCCUUUGACUACGAUGGCAUUAACUAUGAUGCCACCAAUGGCCAGUGGCCACCGCGGGCCAUUAUCCGGUUCGGUUUGCGGGCCGCCUGCUACAUGGGCGCCCGGUACACUAAUGCCGCCAUAAACAUUAACGAGAAUAUAGCCGACACGGAAGGCCUCCGAUUGGCCUUCGAAACGUAUCAGUCCCGGCAGGAUAACAAUUCCAGUUCAACAUCCAAACCGGAUCCGGAACUAUUGAAGAGCUUCUUCCUGGUCUUUGCUCAGACGUGGUGUGGCAAGAGCAUGGAUCAGGAUACGGAGUAUCCUGGCCAGUAUAGCCUCCAUGCCAGUCACCAGGAGAGGGUCAAUAAUGUGCUGGCCAAUCUGCCGGAGUUCGCGGAGACUUUUCAGUGCAAGGCGGGCAGUGCCAUGAAUCCGGUGGCCAAGUGUCGCAUUUGGUGAUCGAUAAGAGUUAUCGAUUAAUCGAUAGUUAUUGUUAAUGACAGUUUUAUUGUUAAGGGUUCAAAGUCGAAAUUUUAUAAACAGUUUAAUAAAUUAUCAAAUAUUUUGUUAAUUAUUUAA